CUACAUACAUUGCCCAACUUGGCAUGCAUCAGUUGGUAUUGGAGGCCCGCACAUGAAUCAGGACAACCUGAUCUGACACGUGUGCGGGGACCGAUUGAUUGAUUGAUGGAUGGAUGGAUGGAUGGAUGGAUUCUGACACGUGUGCGGGGACCGAUUGAUUGAUUGAUGGAUGGAUGGAUGGAUGGACGGAGGGAUGGAUGGAUGGAGAGACGGAUGGACGUAGAGACGGAGGGAUGGAUGGAGGGAGGGACAGAGGGAUGGAUGGAUGGAUGGACGGACGGAGGGAUGGAUGGAUGGACGGACAGAGGGAUGGAGGGAGGGACGGACGGAGGGAUGGAUGGAUGGACGGACGGACGAAUGGAUGGACGGACGAAUGGAUGGACGGACGGAGGGAUGGAUGGACGGACGGAGGGAUGGAGGGACGGAGGGACGGAUGGAGGGACAGAGGGACGGAUGGAGAGACAGAGGGACGGAUGGAGGGAUGGAUGGACGGAUGGACGAACGGAGGGAUGGACGAAUGGACGGACGAAGGGAUGGAUGAAUGGACGAACGGAGGGAUGGAGGGAGGGACGGACGGACGGAUGGAGGGAUAGACGGACGGAUGGAGAGACAGGGGGAUGGACGGACGGAUGGAUGGACGAACGGACGGAGGGAUGGACGGAUGGAUGGAUGGAUGGAUGGAUGGAUGGAUGGAUGGAGGGACGGACGGAUGGACGGAUGGAUGGAGGGAGGGACGGAUGGAUGGAGGGACGGACGGAUGGAUGGACGGACGGAGGGACGGAGGGAGAGGGACGGAGGGAGGGACGGAAGGAGGGACGAACGCACAGACAUAGGGAUGGAUGGAGGGAGGAUGGACGAACGGACGGAUGGAGGGACGGAUGGAUGGACGGACGGACGGACGGACGGAUGGAUGGAUGGAUGGAGGGACGGAGGGAUGGAGGGAGGGACGGACGAGCGAACGGAUGGAUGGAUGGAGGGACGGAGGGAUGGAGGGAGGGACGGACGGACGGAUGGAGGGACGAAGGGAUGGAUGGAUGGAUGGACGUACGAACAGAUGGAUGGAUGGAGGGACGGACGGACGGAUGGAGGGAUGGACGGACAUACGAACAGAUGGAUGGAUGGAGGGACGGAGGGAUGGAGGGAGGGACGGACAAACGGAUGGAGGGACGGAGGGAUGGAGGGACGGAGGGAUGGAUGGAUGGAUGGAUGGACGGACGGAUGGAGGGACGAACGGAUGGAUGGAGGGAUGGAGGGAUGGAGGGACGGACGGACGGAUGGAGGGAUGGAUGGAUGGAGGGACGGACGAAUGUAGGGACGGAGGGACGGAUGGAGGGAUGGAUGGAUGGAGGGACGGAUGGAUGUAGGGACGAAGGGAGGGAUGGAGGGAGGGAUGGAGGGACGGAUGGACGGAUGGAGGGAUGGAGGGACGGGCGGAUGGAGGGACGGAGGGAGGGAGGGAUGGAGGGACGGACGGAUGAAGGGAUGGACAGAUGGAUGGAUGGACGGACGGACGAAUGGAGGGAUGGAGGGACAGACGGAUGGAUGGAUGGAGGGAGGGAGGGACGGAGGGAUGAAGGGACGGACGGAUGGACGGAUGGACGGAGGGACGGACGGAGGGACUACGGGGUGGUCGCUGCCGACUUGUAUACCAAGAUCGGUUGGGAUGAUCUGAAGGCGGCGUGGCAUAAGCGGUUCCAAAUAGAGCCGCCGGAAAUCAAAGCAAUGAACAAAUUGUUGACUUUCCAACAAGGCACACUGCUGAUCGGCGAUUGGAUUGUCGAGUUCCAACGCUUGGCGUCAAUGUCGGACGUACCGAUGGGCUUUACGGCCAUCAAACACUACUUCAUUACGAGGUCUCGGACAUUGGAGGAUCAUCUUGAGCACCUUCGGCGAGUGUUGGAGACGCUCUCCCAUGCCAAGUACAAAGCCAACCUCGACAAGUGCGAAUUUGUCCGGCGAGAGUUGGAAUACUUGGGCCAUUUUGUCACACCGGAGGACAUCAGUCCAUUGUCGGACAAGAUUCAAGCCAUCCAAGAGUGGCCGGAGCCACGGAACGUCACGGAUGUCCGUUCGUUCCUUGGCGUUGGCGGCUACUGCCAACGUUUUAUCAAGGGAUACUCGAAGAUUGCGGUCCACUUGACCAAACUUCAAUGCGAGGACCGACAGUUCAACUUCGGAGAGGAUGCGCAGGGAUCAUUUUUGGCCCUCAAAGUCGCGUUACUAUCUGCGGAGGUCUUGCGCAUCUACGACCCACUAUUACCAACGCGCGUCACUACUGAUGUGUCCGGCUAUGGUAUUGGUGCCGUCCUCGAACAACAAGAUGGUGUGGACUGGCACCCGGUAGAGUACUUCAGCAAGAAAAUGCCCGUCGUGCACUCAAUCGAUGAUGAGCUUCUAGCCUUCGUCCACAUGCUCAAGCGGUGGCAACACUUUCUCCUUGGUCGAAGCCAAUUCCAAUGGGUGACGGACAAAAAUCCGUUGGUCUUCGACAAGACCCAAGAUGCGGUCAACAGCACCAUCGCGCGCUGGAUGACUUUCAUCGACCAGUUUGACUUCUUUCCCGAUCACAUCCUCGAAAAGUCAAACCGUUUUGCGGAAGCUCUUUCACGGCGUCCUGAUCAUUGCACUGCAGUCUAUUCGACCUUCGAGAUGGACGACGACCUGCGGGACAGCUUUAUCCGCGGCUACCACGCCGACCUCGAGUUUCGCGACAAAUCAUUCUUAGGGAUGACUGGCUGCUAUCGCAACUUUGUGGAGAACUAUAGCAUAGUUGCCGCCCCCUUGACUGAUCUGACUCGCCUUGACACCCCAUGGGAGUGGACUGAGAGAUACGAGGCUGCUUUCAAACAUCUGAAGCAUGCGUUGACACAUUACGAAGUCUUGAAACUUCCUGAUCAUGAUAAGCCGUUUAUAGUAACUACGGAUGCUAGCCAAUAUGGCAUAGGCGCCGUACUUGCACAACUGGAGGGGAAAAAGUUGAGGCCAGUAGAGUACAUAUCUAAAAAGAUGCGCUCUCAGAAGUUGGCUAAGUCCACCUAUGAGAAGGAACUUUAUGCGGUGUACAAGGCUCUGACCCAUUGGAGGCACUACCUCCUUGGGAGGUUCUUCAUCCUUAGGACUAAUCAUCAGACCCUGAGAUGGAUGAGAACACAGCCGGUACUCUCUGAUGCUCUCAAGCGUUGGAUCGAAGUCAUUGAGCAGUAUGACUUGGAGCCCCAGUACAUCAAGGGCGAGUACAAUAAGGUUGCUGAUGCCCUGUCGCGCAGACCAGACUUCUCGGGUGCGCUGAUCACUGAAUUUGGGCUUGAGGACACUGUUACUCAGUCUUUGGUGGAAGCCUAUCACGAGGACCAGUUUAUGUCCGAGAUCAUACGCAGAUUCCAGGCGAAGGACAAGAAGACCUCUGCCGAGUUUGAAUUGGUCAAUGGCUUGCUGUUCCUUGAGAAGGCAGGGAAUAAACGAUUGUGUGUCACUAAUAGCGAGUCUUUGCGUAGUUUAUUUUUAGGUGAGUGUCACGACGCCACCGACCAUUUUGGGUACAAGAAGACCGCAGUUAAUCUGCGGCAGCGGUUUUGGUGGCCCACGAUGAUGCGAGACGCCCAGCUGUACGUGGAGACUUGUCAGGUAUGUCAAAGAGACAAGCCCCGUACUCAGGCUCCUCUUGGGCUCCUGAAGCCCCUUCCGAUUUUGGAACAGCUUGGUGAGAGUCUGUCCAUGGACUUCGUGGACACUCUGGUCACCAGCAAGAGUGGGAUGCGACAUAUCUUUGUCAUCGUGGAUAGGUUUAGCAAGCAAGGAGACCAGCAAGAGUCAAUUUCAAGUAGCAGACAUCCGGAUUCAUGGGCGCUAAGUUCGCGGCAGAUUGAACGGCAUGAGCAGGGAUUGAUUGGCCAGAAGAACAUGCAGUUCCUGUCCAUUCGUUCUGCUGACAGUGGUGCAACCACUAGUGAGUCCUUGCAGCAAGGGUCUGGCCAGCCAAGUGAUGUUUGGUGGAGCGCAAGAGACAAUACCACACGUCCUGCUGUAUAUCAUGCUCCACUGUCGCCGUCAUGGGUUCGAGCUGAUGGUCAAGCGGAGGUUGGUUAUGCACCUUCCUAUCAAGCAAGUCAGGUCAGUGCAUCACCUGUUGCUGUGGAGACUACCUCUCGACCUCCAAGUUCUCCGCCGAUGUUACCAGGGUUCAAUCCUAYUUCCAYUUCUCCGCUACACCAAAAUGCCAACCAUGGCAUGGGCCCUCAUUCACAUCUGAAUGCUCCCCCACAGGCAGAAGCUGCAUCACAUAAGCAUGUGCUGCCAGCACAGCAGCAAGUUCUUGCACCUGCAACGUCAGGUAUCCCUGACCAACCCUCGGCUGGAUUAGAGGUGMAGGCUGGUGGGAUGCCAACAGAUGCAGCAGGCACUAGUUCCCUUGUGGAAGUAGUUGUGACUCCCAUGAAUGGCACAACAUUUGAUUCUCAAGGUGUCAUGGCUCGGAAUGAGCCGUCACAAGGGCCCAUUAGAUCGGGAAGCUUGGAAGAUGUCCAGAGAACUGGGAGCUGGAACAGCCGAAGUCCGGGCAUCUCAUCCACAGGAACUGAGAUAUCAUUCAAGGAGUGGCCACUGAGGACAACCCAGCCUGGCCAAGAAGACCAACGAGCAGAAAUUGGUCCUCAAAGGGCCGCAUCGCCUCUGCUAGAGCAAUCUCAGCAACGGCAACAGCAACAGCAACAGCAACAGCAACAGCAACAGCAGCAACAACAGCAUUCUCCACCACGGCGACAGCAUUCUCCCCCGCCACAGCAGCAACAGCCGCAGCAAUCUCCAACUAGUCCUGCCGGGAGACCGGGUAGACAGGCCCCUUUGGGAGCAGAUGAUGAUCGCUCCAAUGGUUCUGGGCCUGCUGAUGGUGGCAACAGUGCACAGGGAGAAGUUGAUAGUCGUAGUGUGGGGGGCAGUAGGGGAUCAAGAAGGGGAAGAGGGGCCGAGGGCAAUGGACGUGACAGAGUGGAUGAUUCAGAGAGAUACCAAGGAAGUCCUGGAGGAAGCCAGCGGAAGGAAAGAGAUAGACGGGAGUCACGAAGAUCAUCAAGUGUUGGCCCAAAAGUGGAGCCAAAGGAAGGGAGGAGAUCAAGAGGAGGUGAGAGGUCAAGGGCCAGUAGCUCAGCUAAGGCAGAAAAGGCAAGAAGGGAAGGAUCAAGCAGAAGGGAUAACCUUCCUACUGUGAAAGAAGAUGAUGAUCGGGCCACCACAAGUGAAGAUCCAGAGGACGAGGACGAGAUUGAUGACCUUCCGGCGGUUGCAGGACUGCGGAUUGUUGGUGAUGCAUCACUUGGUGGGAAGCUGACAGCAUGCGGGAAUUCCAUCAAUGGCACCUCAAAAUGCAUCUUUCAGGGCUUGGGUAGGAGGGGAGUGGGAGUGACAACGGUGGCAGAAGUGGUGGAUGAUGACGGCUGUGUGGGGGCUGUGCUGGUUGGGGGGGUAGAUGUAGAAGGUGUCGGUGUGGAGGUUGAAGCGGAGGCCUGUUCGGAGGAGGACAAGGGUUGUGGGGUGGAGGACGAGGUGGUUUGUGGUGCCGAGGAGGAGGGUGCAGUCGUGGUGACGACCGUGAUGGCGGGGGAGUUGCCCUCAAUUGCGGCUACGCGGUCAGAGAUGGUCGACAUGGUGGUGUUCAUGUUGGCGAUGGACGAUUGGAUGGAUGUCACCAUGCGGAAAAGUGUCGCGAGAUCGGUGGCGGCAUCGGGUGCUGGUGUUUGCUCGCCUGCGAGGUUGCGGGCGAUGCUGUUGACGGAGUCGGUGCGAAUGCCGGACAUAUCAAUGCUGGAUGAUUGGGCCAUGGUGGGGGAGGAAGCGGUGGUAGCGGCGGCUGAGGAGUUAGCAGCAGAUGAGGUGGAGGCGGCGGUUGUGCGUUGGGACGUUGGCGUUGGCGGCGUCGGCAUUGGCGGCGUCGUUGUUGUUGGCGUCGUUGUUGGCGGCGUCGUUGUUGUUGGCGUCGUUGUUGGCGGCGUCGGCGUUGGCGGCGUCGGCGCUGUUGUUGGCGGCGUUGUUGUUGGCGUCGUUGUUGGCGGCGUCGUUGUUGGCGGCAUCGUUGUUGGCGGCGUCGUUGUUGGCGGCGGCGUUGUUGGCGGCGUGGUUGUUGGCGUGGUUGUUGGCGUUGUUGUUGGCGUUGUUGUUGGCAUUCUCGGCGUCGUCGUCGGCGGUGGCAUCAGCGGCUCGUCGGCGUUGUUGUCGGCGGCGGCGGCGGCGUUGUUGUCGGCAUCGGCGGCGUUGUCGGCGUCGGCGUUGUCGUCGGUGGCGGCGGCGGUGGUGGCGGCGGCGGUGGUGGCGGUGGUGGUGUUGGCGGCGGUGGUGGCAUUGCGGUUGAUUGAGGACCCCCUUGAACGUCAAGAAGCCGAGGAGGAGAAGAGACUGGAAUGGAAGUUGAGGAUGAAGAGGGAGAAGAAGAGAAGAAGGGAGGAAGCUAAUAGGUUGACCACAGAAGUGGAAAAGAUGCGGACAUUUGGACAGGAAGUCCAGGCACAAACAGAUGUUUCUGCCAAAAUGGACAAGAUGUUGGGAUACUUAGAGGUGUUGAGUGAGGUCUGGUUAGAGGAACGGCAAGCCAAUCAGGGCCAAGACAUCACCCUGAAGGCCAUGCGGUCAGGGUUUAGAGAGUUUGCGCGCGAGAUCGUCACCCACAUUGGGGGCGAAGUCAGGCAACUGAGGGAUAACCUAGGGAAGUAUUGCGAGGGCGCCAUCGAGGGUGCCAAGGGUAUAGCUGUUGUAGAGGGCGAGGGCAGACCCCGUAAAGAGCCUGUCAAGAUUAAGUUCCCAGACGCGUACGGGGGAAAGAAGGAGGAGAACUUUGACAACUGGGAGGCCAGUGUCAACAGUUACGUUUAUUUGCAGCAUAUCCUAACAGAGGAGCAAGUCCUCGUGGCCUUCCAGGCCCUCAAGGAUGAAGCGGCUAGUUUCGCCAGGUCCCUUGCGCGCGCAGCCGGUUGUGAAAACAACCUGGUUGCAUACUCAAAAGUCACCCCCCUUCCUCAAUUCCUUAAACUCCUGAAGGAGCGAUUUGCUGACCCAACGAGAGGCGUUCGCGCCUAUGAUAAACUGCAAACGAUCCACUCACGACAGUGGAGGAGUGCAAGGGCACUCAAGGGUACCAUGGACGACUUGGUAGCCGUCCCGGACCACGGGGUUACUGAACCCCAACUGGUCCAGCUGUUUUAUCGURCCAUGCYAGAGCCCCUGAGGGGGCACUUUUUUGACAAGUCUCAAYAGGYCGGGAUCACAUAUGAUGUGUUGAGUAGGGAGGUGGUCCUGUAUGAGUCAAAGUCUAUGCCAGUCACCACUUUCUGGCAUAAGGACCUAGAGAAGGGGAAGAAGUGGAAGGAUCGUACCAUCUCUGGCCAAGUCAAGGCCAAGGAUCACUUGAUCCUGACGUUAGAGGAAGGUGGUACAGACGAGGUCCUGUAUGAUCAGAUUGAGUGGGGCCUAGGGGAGGAGGACAGUAGUGUAGGGCAUGGGAGGUCUUACGCUGCUGUCGCGGUUGGAGGGAGGCCGCAAGGUAGAGGAGGAGGCCAGGGCCAAAGGGGCCAGGCCAUGGGAGGUCGAGGACCGGGCGCACAGGGGGUUGGCAGCCAAGGAAACCGCCAAGCGGGAGGUAGGGGUCAAGGUCCCCCGCCAAAUCGCCAGGGUAAUCGGUCCCCACAGAGACAAGGUGGAAGGGCACCUGAAGGAGGAUGGCACCCAGGCUUGCCACAGGGCAGGCCCUGGGAAGACUUAGGCUUGGACCAGGGGUUAUGGCAGGAACGCGUGAACCUAGAUAGAAGUCCAUCUGAUGAUCAGUACAAAACUGCCUUCCGGACUCGAUAUGGGCAUUAUGAGUUCAUAGUGAUGCCCUUUGGACUAACCAACAUGCCAGCUACAUUUCAGCGUUGUAUGAAUGAUCUAUUUAGACCCUGCUUAGACAAGUUUGUAGUGGUUUAUUUAGAUGAUACCUUAGUUUUUAGUAAGACCCUCCAGGAGCAUCAGGGUCAUCCGAGGCAGGUCUUGGAGAAGCUACGAGAGGCUAACUGCAAGAUCAACGCGAAGAAGUGCGAGUGGGCCAAGACGCAAGUCCUGUACUUGGGCCACAUAUUAGACAGAGAUGGCAUUAAGCCAGAGGACAACAAAAUUGCGGCGACUAGAGAUUGGCCGACGCCCCGCACAUUGACUGAGUUGCGGUCGUUCCUAGGACUAGCUAACUACUAUAGAAAGUUCGUGAGGAACUUCUCAACUAUCGCCACUCCCUUACGCAGGUUGCUUAAAAAGGAGGCAAUCUGGCAGUGGGACAAAGAUUGUACGUCUGCGCUCAAGAAGUUAAAGCGCGCGUUGAUAGAGUACCCUGUCCUCAAAGUAGCCGAUCCGUCUUUGCCAUUUGUCGUUACCACGAACGUAAGUCAGUAUGGGAUAGGCGCUGUAUUACAGCAAGAUGACGGCAAUGGCUAUAGACCCGUAGAGUUCAUGUCAGCGAGGAUGCCCUGUGAGAAGGUCGCUACCUCCACGUACGAGAGAGAACUCUACGCUCUCAGGCAGGCUUUAGACCAUUGGAAGCAUUACCUGCUUGGGAGGCACUUUAAAGUGUAUUCGACCGAUGUAACGCUUAGAUGGUUAAAGACUCAGGCCAAGAUGACACCUAAGUUGACUAGGUGGGCCGCAAAGAUAGACCAAUUCGACCUCGAGCUCAAGCCAGUGAAGGGCAAGUACAACGUAGUUGCGGAUGCUCUGAGUAGGAGAUCAGACUACUUUGGAGCCGUAGUUCACUAUUUGGAUAUAGGGAGAGACCUGCAGGAGAAAGUGAAGCAAGCGUAUGCACAGGACCCUAUCUAUAGCGACCUCCUAAAGAGAGUUAGGGAGGCCCUAGAGACUGAACCAGAUUACCGCACUACAGGGGGGGUUGUUGUUUGAGAAGACUAAUGUGUUUGAUCGCCUGUGCGUUCCCAACAGCGAAGAGAUCCGUAGUUUAAUCUUAGGGGAAUGCCACGAUACUGAGGGACAUUUCGGUUGGCAAAAGACAUUAGCCAAUCUCAUGCGUGCAUAUACCUGGCCAGGAAUGAAGAAUGAUUGCGUAGAGUAUGUCCGCAUUUGUAAAGUAUGGCAGCGUAACAAGACUACUACACGCGCACCCCUUGGUCUUCUCAGACCCUUGCCUAUUCCGGAUCAGCCGGGAGACUCAGUGUCCAUAGUCUUCAUGGACACCCAAGUCAAGAGCAGACAAGUCAUGGUCGUAGUUGACCGCUUUAGUAAAUACGCAGUUUUUGU